AUGGCCCGUUUGCCUCAAGGUAUUCCUGCCAUCUUCCGCCAGCGCAUCUGGCUUGCUCUUGCGGAUCAUCAGAUCGCUUCUCAGCAUGUUGACUGGACUUAUGUGUGCCGAGUGGCCUUUAACGAGCGCAUGAAUCCAGAUGACGACAGUCUAGGCGCCCAGAUCGUAAAAGACCUACACCGUACUGGCUGCGACCAGUUUGGUGCCGGGUCUACGGCAAGUGCCGAAGACCGGGCGGCCUUAAAGCGGGUACUGUUGGCCUAUGCUAGAUGGAACAAGCGAGUCGGCUAUUGUCAGGGUUUCAACAUCCUAGUUGCUGUCAUACUUGACGUGAUGCAACGUGACGAGGAAGCUGCUCUAAAGGUUACACCCCUUUCUGCUCUUUUGGUACCACCUAUUAGCUGUGAUUAUUUUAAUGUCGUCUUCCACUUUAUCCUAUUUUUUGUCUCUCAGAUAAUGAUUUAUCUCAUCGAUUUUGUCCUUCCUGAGUCCUACUUCGCGCAAAAUCUUCAAGCACUUUCCGUGGAUAUGGCCGUUUUCAGAGAACUUUUGCGUGAACGAAAUCCCAGCUUGGCCAACCACUUGGAUUUUCUUCAGGCUAAAGCUGGUAUGUGCCCGUCCUUUGCCUCCAUACUCUCUGACGAGAUUCUUAUGUUCGGGUAA